UUUAAAUUUAGCUUAUAAUAGGUACCUCUGGUAACUAACUUUAUUACAAAAUAAUGAAGUUAGUGGCAUUAUAAAAUACAAUAAUCUCGGAAAUAAAUUAAUCUACAUUUAACAGUAACAUAUUAUACUCAAUAUCAAAGCAAAUCACUGAGUAAUACCAUUACUAACGAAAAAACUUUACUUUCACCGGCGAGUUAAGUCAAAUCAUCUGCAACACUGCACAUAGCAUUACUUACUCUACACAGUGCUUCCUAGUUCAGUGUUAAAGAAAGUUUUAUUUUCUUUUGUCUAAUAUUUAAAAUAUACAAUUUUUCAUUUGCCAUGGAAAAUGGCAAUAAAAAUGAAGCCAAUGAAGUGCCUAUGCCAAAAGACGCAUUGGAAGUAACGAUUGGUAAUUUCGGAAAAUGGCAGUGCCGAAUUUGUUUCCUUAUGGCCUUACUGAAAAUUCCUAUCGCAUGGUUUACAUUGAGCAUAAUAUUUUUGGCGCCUCCAACGCAGUUUUGGUGCGAAACUUACACGAAAAUGACUGAAUCAAAAUGGACCAAAAUGACUGAAGUGAUGCCCAUCAAAUUGGAAGGCAUGAAUGAGGGUUUCUGUGAAAUGCUCGACAUGCCCGAUUACCCUAAUCGAACAAUACCUUGCAAAUUUGGAUUUACCUAUAAUAACACCAUAUUUACUUCAACCAUAAUUUCGGAAUGGGACUUGGUUUGUGGUUACGAGCGAUUAAUAGAUUUAACCCAAAUUACGCUUAUGCUUGGAGUGCUUAUAGGCAAUAUUUUCUUUGGGAUUUUGGCCGACAAAAUCGGUAGAAAAGCUGUAAUAAUAACAUGCAUUCUAUUCCAAUCGCUUUUCGGAUCCUUCGCUUCGUUCGUACCAAACUAUUGGUUGUUUAUUCUGCUGAGAUUCUUCGUCGCUAUGAGCUUGGGAGGCACCAUGGUCACCUCCUUCGUCAUGUGCAUGGAAGUGGUCGGCGGUAAAUGGAGAACUAUAAUGCCGAUUUUAUACCAAAUACCCUUCGGAUUCGGUAAUUCGAUAAUGGCCGGCAUAGCAUACAUGAUAAGAGAUUGGAGGUACUUGCACCUUAAUCUCUCGUUGUUAUCAGGGUUUUAUGGUGUGUUUUAUUGGUGUAUUCCGGAAUCUCCACGCUGGCUUUUAGUCGUAGGUAAAAGGAACGAGGCUAUAAAUGUGCUUCAAAAAGCAGCUAUAGAAAACAACAUCAAACGAAACAAAUUCCAAACCGGUCUAACGCAAUUGUCAAAUGUUAAUUCGAAGAAAAAGAAUUACACCUCCUGUUUAGCGAUUUUUUCCACGGAAGAACUAAGAAAGAGAAGUUAUUUGCUUUGCUUCAAUUGGCUAUUAUACGGUGUAACAUUUUAUGCGUUCUCGCAAUACUUAGGUCAAGUUGGGACAAACAUAUUUUUAACGGUUUCUACGAGUGGUUUCGUGGCCCUUCCGGGUACCAUAGCGUGUAUAAUUUUGGUGGAAAAGUGCGGCAGAAGAUGGACUAUAAUGGCCGCCAAUUUACUGGUUGCCAUUUCUCUUUUAACAAUAAUUGUGGUACCUAAAGGUACUUAUAAUUUCGACUGGCCUAGAGUCACUUUGAGUGCUAUUUGUAUCGUUGGGCUUUCGAUAACUAUGCCUGCUUUAUACCUUUUCACUGGAGAGUUAUACCCUACAAUAUUGAGAAAUGCUGGUGUAGGAGUAUCUAUAAUGUGCUCUAGGCUAGGUUCCAUGCUAGCGCCUCUUAUAAUUUCUUUAGAAGAGAAAGGAUCUUUUGUACCAUUAAUCAUCUUAGCCAUGGUAGCCUUUGCUCAAUCAGUACUGGUACUGCCUCUACCAGAAACGAAGGAUUCUAAAUUACCCGAAACUAUAGAAGAUUUGUGUAAAAUUACAGAUAUAAACGCAGAAUGUUAUCAGAUGUACGAAGUUGUAUCAACAAAGGCCGAUGCUGAAGAUGAUCGCAAGUAGAAUAUGAAACUAUUAUUAAUUUGUGAUUUUAAUUACCAUUUUUAUGUAUGUUAUGUUAUAAAAGAAACUGAUUUUUAACGAGACUUUUAAAAAGAAUUUGUUCGAUUUUAUUACUCUGAAACACUAUUUUUUACAAAAACAUUAAUGCACGUGACAACAAAGUAUUUUAUUUAAGUCCAUACUCAUGCUUGUACCAAUUACAAAGAGUAAAAUACCUUUUGAAUACGCCACUUGCUAAAUAUCAGUUUUAGAAAAUAACUUAAUUUAAGUUAUGUUACCGAUUGUACAAAUUACAAUAAUGGUGUCUAAAAUAUCUAAACAAACACCAUUAUUUUUCAAAUUCAAUGUUUAUUAACUAUAUUAGAUACUAUGCACAAUUGAUAGUAAAAUACGUAAUGAACUGAAAUUAAUUACUUAUCAAAACAUAAUAAAAUUAAGUUUUCUAAAUCAACAGAACUUCCAUCUGUUGCCACAUUCAUUGCAUAAAACAAACGUUGUCAUAGGUUCAUCAGAAGACCUCGUCUGCAAUUGAUUGUAUGUGCAAUUCCUCUUCUUGCAUUUACCGCAUUUAAGCAUGUCCGUUUUGGUACCUUGAGCUGUUGCCAAUUGGGCAUCGUUAAUAGCCUCUUUGGAGAAUUUCUCUCUUAAUUUUUUCACCUCGUCAUUUGCCAUUUCUUCCGCCGUCAUAACGGCCAAACGAGAUGCGGGCAAUGCCCCAAUUCUGAAAUUCGUCCUUAACGUUGGAUUUUUCGGAUCUUUCAGAUUUGCUAUUCUAGAUCGUACUCUGUUUUUGUACCGCAUAUCUGUAUUUUUGAAUUCGGAGAAUAUGGCUUCUUCCAAUUCUUCCGCUAGCUCCUCUGGUGAUGCACAAC